AAAUGACGAGUCAUAGCCAACAGCCAACCAUUACCAACCAACGCCGUACCAACGACGAUGGAAUUAAAGUACUAUUCAUAUUUCAAGUCUAAACAUAAUUUUCAAUUGAGAAUGUACAUUAUACAACGAGACAGCCACUAACGCUUACGUAAUGAGGAUGGAUCUUGUGAAACAUACUGGUGGCUGCCAUUGUGGAGCUGUGAGGUUUGAAGUGUGGAGCUCUCCAGACCUCCAUGUGUUCCAUUGCAACUGCAGUAUUUGUACAAAGAAACAAAAUCAUCAUUUCAUUGUCCCCAAAGACAACUUUACACUUUUGCAGGGUUUGGAUCAUCUGACCACUUAUACAUUUGAAACUCACAAAGCGAAGCACACCUUCUGUAGAAACUGUGGGGUUCAGAGUUUCUACACGCCACGCUCCAACCCUGAUGGAUACGGUAUUGCGCCACAUUGUCUUGAUCCAGGUACUGUGCAAAGCAUCGCAGUAGAAAAAUUUGCAGGAGACAAAUGGGAAGAAAGCAUGGAAGCGCACAAAACCAUCAGAGACAUGUCCAAACCAAAAGAACUGAGAAAUACUAAAUAAUUCCAGUGUUGUCUCAAAUUCAGAUGUUUUUAAUCAGUACUAUUCAAAGGUCAAACAGUGCAAUGACAGUUUAAUGACUGAUAGUCAUGAAGUUGUUCAUGUGGCAAACCUGAGUGCAUUUUAUUACAAAGUUGACCUGAAAAAGGUUUAUCAGAUUUAUGACUUAUUAACAAGGUGUAAAGAAAAAUAGAUACAUUCGAGCAACUUCUAAUACAUUUUGUGACACUUUGGUGCUUGUGGAAUCAUUUGGAAUGUGUUGAUGUACAUGUAUCUUGAGAAGGUGACGUACAGAUAACGAAACCAGACGAGUUGAGUGCGAUGACAAAGCAUGGCAGCCUGUUAAAAAAAGUGAUAGUUUAAAGAUUAAAAUAAAUUAUAAAGACAGCCAAUAGCAAUCAAACUCGGAGUGGUGUUGAUUCGUCUUACUUUGCAUUGGCUAUAGCCAUCUGAGCCGAUCAUACAGCAGAGGGAGGAGGGCAGCAGCCAGCUGAAAGGAAGUUCCAAGAAAGAAACAUACUUCCGGAGCAGGCCAACAGUCCCCAAGGAGAGAAAACAGCAGUCUGGGGUAACAGGAAGAGACCAAGUUUGUAGUUAAUGUUCACUACAGCUGCACAUGAUUAUGAAUAUUGUAAGCCAUUUAUAACUGCAUACUCUGGUUCCAGGAAUGGAGGAUAGUGCAGGGAAGACUCCAAUGUCAAAAACUGAUUCAACUGUCUAAUAUAGCAUUUUUCAAACCACUUGAUCCACAAAUAUUUUACUAUUCCAAUUAAAUGACUUGUCGUUAGUAUACGGUUCUAUAAACCUAUUCAGUCUUUUUUGGGGACAUGAAACAGGAGGCGAUCUAAGCAAAAUUAAAAAGUGAAAAUUGCUUGUUUACAAAUGUGCAUUGUGUAAAAACAAAACAAUUGCCUAUCUUUCUGAGAAAACAUUGUGGGUGUCUCAAAUGGUCUUGUAUGUGAAUGAAAC